AUGCCCCCGCGUUCCACCGCCGAGGGUUUGACCCCAACCUCCGGCUCCGGUUCCGGCUCCGGCGCCGCUGGCAAGCUCCGAAGGGCCCAUCGCAAGUCCCGUAACGGCUGCUUGGAGUGUAAGAGGCGACACAUCAAGUGCGAUGAGCACCGUCCCAACUGCAGCAACUGCGUCACCAGUGAGCGAGCCUGCUCUUUUCCGACGCCUCCUAAACCGGCUGCCGCGGAAUCGCCUGUCAACGAGCCGCUGAGGAACAAGAGCAGCAGCCGAUUACAGAGUCCUGUUGACAGCGUCUCAAGCGCUGGGGCUUCGCAGCGUCCUUCGUCAAUACCUCCGCCGCCCUAUCUUGGACCGCGCUUUGAACCUGAUGAUCGAUCGUCUGUUACUACUCUCCCGUCUUUCACAGAGUCCUUUGACUUUGCUGAGUCGCCUUUGUCCUCGUCACUCCCGGAUGCUCUUCCUACGCCUGUAUUUACCGGCAAACAUCUCAUACUCUUACAUCACUUCCGCAAGUCUAUGCUGUUCGAUGCCGAGAACGUGGAUAUCAUCAUUGACGUUGCUCUCGAAUGGUCGUCACAGGCUCCUUACGCCUUGGACCAACUGCUCGCCAUUGCGGCAGACCACCUCGCCAUGAUACACCCUGAGAGUUCGAUCGCUUAUCGUCGAACUGCUACAGAGCUGCAGACUCGUGCUCUCACAUAUUUCAACAAAGACACACAGGAAACAGCCGGCCACGAAACCCGCAAUCUGCCCCAGUUUCUCUUCUCCUCCUUGCUAAGCUUACACAUGCUUUACGAUACAUUCACUCAGUAUCGCGGCUCUUUCCAUAUCUUCAUCGAAAGGUUCUGCAACUCGGUUCUUCUCCAUCAGGGUGUGCGGUCUUUCACAUCACCAUCCUACCCAUCUCUUCUACAAUCUCCGCUGGCGCCGUUCUUCCUCGGCGUGAAAAACGCAGCGGAACUCGGAGACAAGGGAUCCGAGUGUGACGAACUGAUAGAGUUUAUCCAAACCUCCGAUUUGAGCGGUGCGGCGGUCGAAGCCUGUAGCGAUGCAGCCAGCACACUCCAAUGGGCCUUCAACGUCCACCGCAACUUACCGGCGAGUACCAAGAUACAAGCUGCAUCGGCAUUCCCGGUUGUACUGAGCCAAGAUUAUGUGGAGAUCGCCCGCAAACAUCGCCCAGAGGCAUUGCUGGUGUUGGCUUACUACGGUGUUCUCCUGCACCGGUGUCGCCACUUCUGGCUUUUUGGUGACGCGGGUACGUUUCUGGUACGGCUUAUUGCUGAUCAUCUUGGGAGUUAUUGGCAAGACGCCCUGCGCUGGCCUCUUGAGGAGCUAGAGAAUGAUCAAGGAUGA